GGAACUUCUUGUAGGUGUUUUGGUCUUAGAACCUGCGAUUCUUUACAGGUUUUGGUUCUUAUUCAAGGUACCCUAAAUUUUUGCUCACCCCUAUCUGAUAUACGGAAUUCUUUAUUCUUAAGUUGAGUAACUGGAGCAACCUCGUGCAAGAGCACUUGAAAAAACAACGAGGAUAUGAAUGAUGGCCCCAAAGCUUCAAUUUCCCUCCCAAAAAUAACGGUAUAUGCCAGUCUACACCUCCCAAAAUGAGGAGACUCUUUCAUGCCAUCACCAUUCAAUCUCUCUCCUCCAAACCCCAACCACCACCACUUCGAGCUUCCCAACUCAACUCUUUCUCUCUCCUCCAAACCUGCAAUUCUCUUCUUCAACUUUUCCAAAUCCAAGCUCAAAUUCUUAGACUUGGCCUCCAUAACAACCCUUUAAUCCUCACAAAGUUCACCUCUACAUGUUCUGACCUUGACGCCAUUGAUUACGCUUCUUCCUUUCUUUUCUCCCCCGAAGCCGAUUCUCGCUGUUACGAUACCUUUUUGUUUAAUACUGUGAUCAGGGGUUUUGCAAAAACAUCUGAGUUGAAGCAUUGUGCUCUGAAUGUUUACUGUUUUAUGGUAAAAAAUGGGGUUUUGCCCAAUAAUUUUACAUACCCUUUUGUUCUUAAGGCUUGUGCUGGAGUUGGGGAUUUGAGAUUGGGGAAACAGGUUCAUGGGUCAGUGUUGAAAUUAGGGUUUGAUGGAGAUUUACAUGUGGGAAAUACGAUGGUUCAUAUGUAUGGGUGUUGUGAGGGAGGAGUUGAGGAUGCACGGAAGGUGUUUGAUGAAAUGCCUGAGAGAAAUUCUGUGACUUGGAGUGCUAUGAUUGGUGUUUAUAUGAUGUCCGGGUUGUCAGUUGAUGCUCUUGGGUUGUUUAGACAAAUGCAGGUUGCUAAGGUUUGUCCUGACGAGUUUACAAUGGUGUCUGUUGUAUCGGCUUGUGGUGAUUUGAGUGAUCUUGAGCUUCGGAAUUGGGCUGCGUCUUUUAUAGAGAGUGAACACAUUUGUAAAAGUGUCGAGCUUUGUAACUCAUUGAUCAAUAUGUUUAUGAAGUGUGGUGAUGUUGAGAAGGCCAUGAGUAUUUUUAGAGGAAUGAAGGAAAAGGACAUUGUAUCUUGGACUUCUGUGCUUUCGGGGUUGGGAAUGCACGGACAUGGAAUGGAAGCUGUUUCCUUUUUUGAGGAAAUGAUUAAAGAUGGAGUCACUCCUGAUGAUACAGCAUUUGUCAGCGUGUUGAAUGCUUGUAGUCAUUCGGGUUUAGUUGAUCAAGGUCGAUAUUAUUUUAAGUCAAUGACGAACUAUGAUAUACCACCUAAAAUGAAACAUUAUGGUUGUAUGGUGGACUUGUUGUGUAGGGCUGGUCUUGUUAAAGAGGCACUGAAGUUUGUUGAAAGUAUGCCCAUUGAACCUAACUCAAUAAUAUUGCGAACCUUGAUCAACUCUUAUAAUGGUCAAGGUGAGGUAAAGCUUAAUGAAGUUCUCACAGAGAGGUUGAUUGGGAAUGAUCUGAUGCAUGAGGCAGAUUACGUUAUUCUUUCCAAUAUCUAUGCAAAACUGUCUAUUUGGGAGAACAAAUACACCAUCAGAGAAUUGAUGGACCGGAAGGGGAUAAAUAAGACUCCUGGAUGCACAAUGGUUUAACUAGAUAUCUAUAGAUUGCGCAAUCAAUGAAUGUGGAUAUGCAUAAGAUGUAAGAAAAAUGACGAGAAUGAUGAGAAGGUGUAUGCAGUUUGAACUUGUGAAACUUUUAUGUCAUAUGGCAAGGAUCACAGUUAAGGAUUGCCUGGUUUGGUGAAAAGCAGGCUAAUAAUGCUUUUACUCCUAUAAUUUUUAAGCAGGGGCUUCUUUUGCCAUUCCAAAAAGCAACAUUUAUUCAUCUAGAGUCUCCUGAUGACAAGCUAUGUAUAAGAGCUACCUCACAUCAUAUGGUCUUGAUGAUUUUAUUGGAAUUCGGUCUGUAAAGUACCUUGUGAAUUAACAGGAUUUGUGUCUGUUGAAUGUUGGAUUAUGUAGACAUUAUUGACACGCCAGAAUUGCAAUCUGAAAUCCACUUCAGAACCCGGAACGGAGGUUAGAUUUCAAUGAUAUCUCUACUUCAGCGAGUGGAAAUUUGUAUGCCCUUUUGGCAGUUAUUCUGUUCACGUACCAUAGGAGCUCUGCUACUUGGACUAGGUGUCAAACAUCGGGAAUGAAGGGUCAGGCACUAUUUAUUCUUUAUUUUGAGAUUUGCAUUUGUGAUCAAAGUCUCUAAUUGUCAUGUACGUGGUGUAAGUGUUCAAGUGUAAGAGUUUGACAAUGUAGCAAGUGUGGCAAAAAGAUGAAGAGUUUGCAUACUGUUUUGAAGGGAUCUUCUAUAAGUGUAUGCAUAUUUAAAGCUUAGGACAAUGAAAUUUUGUGAAAAAUGUAAGAAUAUACAUAUAUGGGAAACAUUUUUAUGGGCUCGUUUUUAUUAUGGAUCUGAAGUCAAGGAACUAUAAUGGACCCUUUUAUCAAU